CUAGGACGGUUGCGACCGGGACCUCGCGGGGGGGAACUGUCGACGCUGCGUGCCCUGUUUUCUCUCCGGCGAAAUCCAUUCCGACGGCAUUCGCUCGUCUGCAGCCGACUGCCGUCUUCGAGCGCACUCCACUGACUCGCAUCACCGCCGUCACUGGUCACCUCCACAAGUCUUGAUCAUCGUCUAGCCGCAACGACACGACUUACUGCCGUCUCUGCAGCGAAAUACGCUCUCGAAUAAUCCGGUAAAUACGCGAUUCAUCGUCGUCGGCGGCAGGAAAACGGUCUACUGCUGCAACGACCAUACAGCCGACCACCCUCGCGAUGAAUUCUAAGCCCGAUGGACAGCAGUCAAAGUAUCAGCUGUCAAAGGACACGGCUGGUCUCCAUUCAACAGAUUUAUUGCCUCAUAAUUUAUCUGGACAGGCACAAACCAGAGAGUUUCUUUUAAAAGUCGUUGAUAUCUUAGUAGAUUACAUUAACGACGUCAAUGAUCGAGACGAAAAAGUAUUGCAUUUUAAGCACCCCGAGGAAAUGUUACGACUGCUGAAAUUAGAUAUUCCCAACGAAGGUGUGCCAUUGCAAAAUUUAAUCGACGAUUGCAGUUUAACACUCAAGCAUCAAGUAAAAACAGGUAAGAAAAACGUUUCAUUUUUAUUGCUUUUCUUAAAAUCCGUUUCAGUAUUUGAACGAGUGUGUUUCCUAACUUAA